GGACCCAAAGGACCCCACGGAUUAAGAUAAAGAUAUGAGUAAUUGGCUCUCAGAACGACCAUUCGUUGUGUACACAAAGUCCAGUUCCCAUGUAUUCCAGACAUACGCCAGCGGUAUACUCGACAGUCUUGAGUGCAAUACUACCGGCCCUUUGGAUCACAGCUUACUUCUGGUGGGCAAUGUCGACAAUGGGACCGACUAUUGGAUCGCCAGAAAUAAUUACCGUGAGGGUUGGGGUGAAAAUGGUUACAUACGUCUGGGUAAAGGCGAAAAUGUGUGCGGGAUCGGUUUAGGACAUAUUAUUGUUGGGUAA